CUAAAUGAGUUUCAACAUUAUAACAUGGGCUUGUCAUAGAUCCUAGCAAAUUUUGGUCCAUGAAAAACAACAUCCAAUUAAAAACCCAAGUCUUUCAAAUUCUAUCUCUUUACUUCCAACAACAAAAAAUGGCUAACAUAUAGAAAAACAGCAGCAGAAUCAGCAGCAAAGAAAGAAGAAGAAGAAACAACUGAAAAGAAGAAGAAGAGAGAAAAUGACUCAUCUUCUUCUCCUACACCAGCUCCCUUACUUCCAUUCAUUAUCAUCAUCAAAGUUGUUUUCAAUGGGGAAAUCAACGGUAGGAUUGUGCACCCACAGGAACAGUUAUCGUGUACCUGAGCAACAGAGAAUGAAAACCAUAAAGUGUAUGGCAAAUCCAAGAAGAGUAGCAAUGGUAGCUAAACAGAUAAGAAGGGAACUUUCAGAUAUGUUGCUGACCGACACCAAUUUGCAAUACGCUGUUCUGCCCGAAGCUGCCCUCGGUGCUGACCGUUAUCUCUCUUCUGUUACUACCAUUAGUGAUGUUGAAGUUUCCGCAGAUUUGCAGGUUGUCAAAGUUUAUGUGUCGAUUUUUGGCGAUGAAAGAGGUCGAGAAGUUGCCCUUUCUGGCCUAAAAGCUAAGGCAAAAUAUGUGCGGGGUAAACUUGGAAAGCGCAUGAAGUUGAGGCUGACUCCUGAAAUUCGAUUUCUAGAGGAUGAAUCUUUAGAAAGAGGAAGUAGGGUUAUUGCGAUAUUGGAUAAGUUAAAGAAUGAGAAAAAUGAUGCCACAAGUCCUGAAGAAGAGGAAGAAUUAUCCGAUCCACCUUCUGAUGAUGAUAAUUGGGAGGACGACAAUGAUGAAGGCAUUAUUUAUGUCAGAUAGAUAUUUCUUGAGAUGUGGUGAUGCUUCAACUUUGCUCCAUUGCCAUCAGGGCCGCAGAGAAUGAUUCCUGCAAUAGGAGGCUUUCCAUAAAUGUCUUGUGGCUAAAGGGGCUUUUUGCAUACAGUUGUGCUUGCAUCUGUGACAGUGAAGUUAGCCAGAAGUUUGAUUAAAGCAUAUCUCAAUAUGUAAUUCCUAGCAGAGAUGGUUCAAAGGCGUGGCAGUGAUUUGCUAACAACUUGCAAAUGAAAUGCCCCUGUAAAUAAAUAGAGCCUCUAAUGAAUGUUAAUUAUAAGUGUUAUGCCUCUGAAUCUCUGAUAGUCUGGUUUUUUGCUUAAAAUGUUGAAUAAUGAUUAGUUUCUCUUGUUCAA